CGCAUAGCAAGAAAGCGAUAGAGAGACCGAGGGAGAAGAGAGAGAGAGAAGAAGAUGGCGGACUCAAAAGGGAAGAAAUUGACCCUUUAUGUGGAUGUCAUCAGUCCUUUUGGAUAUAUGGCGUAUUGGUUGACGAGGCACUCCCCAGCAUUCACCUCCAUCCCAACAACCUACAUCCCCAUCCUCCUCGGCGGCCUCAUGUCCCAAACCAAAAACUCUCCUCCUUUAACAAUCACCAACAAACGAGAAUGGAUCGAAACCGAACGUCUCCGGACCUCCAAAUCUUUGCAAAUUCCCAUGAUGCAGACUUUUCCGGAAAAAUUCCCUGUGCCCACGACGAAUGUGCAGCGCUUGUUGUGUUAUCUUUAUCUAAAACAACAAGAACAAGAACAAAGUAAUGGGAAAGAAAAGCAAAAGAAAAAAGAAAAUUUCAUCAAAUCCCUCGACGCAUUUUUUCAAGCGUGUUGGGUUCAAGGGAAAACUUCUGAGAUUAAUACUGAGGUGGUGAUUGAAGAGAUUCUUCAUUCGAUAUUCGAAAACGAUGGAGCAAAAGUUCGAGAAAUUUUACAGGGAAUGAAUAGUGAAGCUGCGAAGACCAAGUUGAGAGAAAAUACGAAUGAGGCGUUUCGGUCGGGGGCGUUUGGGUUGCCGUGGUUUGUGGCGGAGAAUGCAACGACUGGCGAAAGGGAGGGGUUUUGGGGAGUGGAUAGUGUGGGAAAGGUGUUGGAGUGUUUGGGAGUGGAGGUGCAAGGGGAAGGGGGGAGGUAUAAGACUAUGUUGUGAGAGAGUAGGGAGCUUAAGGGGUUCGAGGAAUGGGGAGCGAACCAGGCACAGCGCUGUCAAGGUACCUCAGUGUGAGAAAUUAUUAGUAAAACAAACAGAAAAGAACAUGUGACAGAAGGAAAU